UUUUUUUUUUUUGCUUAGUGUAUAAGCCACGAUUUUUAUACAGAUUUUACUAGGAAAAAAAAAAUCGAACCGCAGCUCUAAUAUUCCAACUAGUAGAUUGUUCUAAUUUUUUUUUUUCUUUCCUUCUCAUUAUACAUUUAGCAUGGUCAAAAAUAAGGGAAAAGGUGGUAAAUCCAGAAGAAGAGGAAAAAAUGAUACCGAAAAUGACAAGCGUGAGCUUGUCUUUAAGGAAGAAGGCCAAGAAUAUGCUCAAGUAACCAAGAUGUUGGGUAACGGUCGUGUUGAAGCUCAAUGUUUCGAUGGUGUUAAACGUUUAGCACUUAUUCGUGGUAAAUUACGUAAGAAGGUUUGGAUUAACCAGGGUGAUAUUGUUUUAUUAUCCUUACGUGACUUCCAAGAUGAAAAAGCCGAUGUUAUUCAACGUUAUAAUCCUGAUGAAGCUAGACAAUUGAAAUCUUAUGGUGAAUUACCUGAUACUGCCAAGAUUAACGAAACUGAUAAUGCUUUCGGUGGUGAAGAAGAUGACGAUGUUGAAUUCGAUUUCGAUAUUGAUGAAAUUUAAUUUUUUUUUCCUUUUUAUACAUUUAUACAAAGUACAUCAUUCUGUAAUUCACCUUUUUUUUUAUUUUUUUUCUAGUAGAUUUUGAAUAAACUAUUAUUUGCGCACAUUUGUUGCAUGCAGUUAUAUGAAAUUUAUUAAAGAGAUUUUAAUUUUGUUACAAGCGCUUGAUUUAUAUGUUGAUAGCUUUGAAUGAUUAAAGCAAGAGGAAUCUAAAGAAUUGA